AAGGCUAUCAAGCAUUUCAUUAUCUUUCUAUAAAUAAAAUUAGAAAACAUGGUCUAUAUUGCCAGAAAUUUUAUGCAUUUCCAGGAGGAAGUUGCUUGAAGUUGGUGAUAUCAUAAAAAGUUGCCCAAAAUGCCAAAAGUUGCCAAAAAGUUGCCGAGCAUAAUCUGUAGAAGCCUACUGAUAACUGCAGAUUGAUCACCAUCUGUUGUACGAUGGUGCUUAGCGAAACCAUAUACAGAAAUCCAUAGGCAUGCAGAUCAUAGUUAAAAUAAUACAAAUACUCUUAUAUUUUUUCUUAAUAGAUUCGUUCUUCUUCUUAUCGAGUGCCUGACUGAGAUGUUUAGAGAAACGGAACUCCUUUCAUCUCGCAUGACUCGUCUUCAAAGCAAGAAGUAAGAAAAAUAACCGCAUGUUUACAUCAUUGUAGACUUGCCCAAUAUCUAAUGUCUGUCAGUCAAAUGGCAGUCGAUUUUAUUCUUACUCUCGUGUAAACGGGUCUAUAUCUUUUUCGUAGGUACUCUGUAGUACGUGAUCUUAUUCUUGCAAGCAUUUCAUGUCCUGAAUUGAGCAAGACCUCAUCAGUCAUUGAAACACCAGACAUUUCCGAGGCAGCUGAAAUAUUGUUGACUGGCAGACACCGCAAGAAGAAAAAUAAGAAAGAGAAAUCUUCACACGACAUUGAGGUAUUUAUCAUCAAAGGCACUCACAAUAUAUAUCGUCACUUGGAUUACCUACUCCAGUAUAUUUAUUUUCAACCAAUUAGUGAAGUGCACAUUCUGUGCCAGAAUAGCAGGGCCGAUUCCUGCCAGAGGACUUUUCUAUGCUUAGAGACAAAGACCCCGUUCACACGAUACCGGCAGAGUUUGAAAACGGAACGAAAUUCUUACGUUUAGGGGUUGCGUUCACACGAUGCCGUUAUGAAAAAAUAUGAAACCGUAACGCUAACCGUAGGAGUUUGAAAAUGAUAUACUAACCGUAAGAGUUUGAAAAUGGAACGAAAUUCUACCGUCAGAGUGCCGUGUGAACGCCUAACCGUAAGCAUUUCAUUACGGUUAUGCCAAGUGAAAUUAACAAAACUGCAAAAGUUGUUGUUGGAUAUUUUAUUCUAUCUAUUUUAACUGAUUUGUGCAGCAUAAUGUCAAAGCGGAAUAUAAUCUGCCGGUAUCGUGUGAACAGUUGAAACCGUGAUGAUUUUCUGCCGGCAGAAUUCCAUGCCGGUAUCGUGUGAACGGGGUCAAAGAUUGAUUGAUUUAUUAUAUUGUGGUGUUAUUUUUUUAGCUUGAAAAUCUUUCCAGUGAAUUGGUCAGACAUCAAGUUGCUUUGUUACAUGAACUGUUUAUCAUUGCUUAUCAGGUAUUCAUUGCGUGAUUUCAUUGAUUGCUUUGGAAUUGCUCAUUGUUGUUUUUUUUGAGGGGGAGGAGUGGAAAUUGGGUACAAAUUAGGUGUCCAAUAUAUCUGACUACAAUAUUCCUGAAAUUAAUUUUUAUUUCAAAUAUUUAUAUUCCUACCAGAAAUAUUUAUAUUCUUACUAGAAAUAUUAAUAUUCAAACUAGUUAAAAACUCAUUCCAUUUCCACCCCAAAAACUCCAAUCGUGUUCUUUUUAAUAGGCGGUGUGGUUUCCAUCUGAUGAUAAAACAUUGAAUAUAUCUUGGAUGGUAAAAAUUGUAGAAUCAUCGACAACAGUUGUAAGUAUAAUUAUUGGUGGUAAUUACAUUUCGGUGGUAAUUAUAUUUCGUAAUUUUGUAAUGUUCUAUUUUUCGUAAUUUUGUCUGCCGGAGUUUUCCACAUAAUCGUUGUAUUGUUCUAUUUUAAUCAAUUUGAAAAUCGAUAUCUUUUCUUUUUUUUUCUUUUUUUUUUCUUUUUUUUUUUUAUCUUCAUAUCAUCAUAGCAUAGAUAUCUUCAAGCGUUUGUUGAACAAGUGAUGGAGAUUAUCACAAGGGCUGAAAACAACUUCCUGACUUCCGAUGAUACGACGUUAUUAUACAGAUUAUUGUCUGUACUGAAAACCAUUCUACAACAGAGUUCAAAAUUACGCCGGCAUAUUCAUGAUUUCUAUACUGAAGAAUUUAGGUAAAUAUUGCCUAAUCUAUUUUAGAGUACACGUAAAAACGCACAAGUUGUAACAAACCUGCAGCAGACUUGUAGCAAUGCUGUUCCAACAACUUGUCAACAGCACAGAAUAGGAAGUUAUACCAGAAGCGUAACUCGAGCAAAUAUUUGUCCGCGUUUUUACAAGCGAUCGUCAUCAAUCACGCCAUCCUGGCUAGUACAACCGGCACUUUGUACCUACCAAAUCCUGACAAAAACUUCCGGCUGUACUAGCCAGGAUGGCGUGGCCUGACGUGAGCGAGUUAAAAUUUUCGUGGACGUCAAACAAUAAGGGAAACGACUAGAGUUACGCUUCUGGUAUAACUUCCUAUUCUGUGUCAACAGGAUGUGUUCGCACUGCUUGUUCCCAGCUUGUUGACAACUUGCUACAAGGUUGUUGAGCUCAACAGACUUGUUACAAGUUGUUCCAACAACUUGUUUCGUCCUGCAAUUCAACAAUUUGUCAACAAGUUGUGAGUAACAACCUUGUAGCAACUUGAUAAAAUAACAACAUUGUUACAACUUGUUGACAAGCUUGCUACAAGCCUGUUGCGAACACAUCUUGUUGACAAGUACACACGCAAAAAUCUCUCAUCUUGUAACAAGUCUGCCAACAAGCCGUCAACAAGUUUUGUUCGCACUGCUUGUCCCAAGUUGUCAACAAGUUUGGAACAAACUGUAACAACCUUGUUGAUAUUAUCAGACUUCUUGCAAAGUUGUUCCAACAAGUCCGAUACAGUCAUGAUACAACAAUAUUGUUACAACCUUGUGUCGUCAACCUUGUAACAUUCUUGUUAUGUCAUGAUUGUGUCAAACUUGUUAGGACAACCUUGUAACAAGUUUGAGAAUGCCAUCAAGCUUGCCUGACAAGUUGUUAUCAGCUUGUUCCAAACUUGUCACAACAACUAGGUACAAGCAGUUUGAACACAACUUGUUGAUAGCUUGUGGACAGAUUUGUAACAAGUAAUUGUUUGCAGACCAUUUGAUUGAGAAUCAGACUGACCCGGAGAAAAUUUCUGGUGUUUGGUAGAGCCUAUCUGGAAGCACUCUUUUGAUAUUUUCAGGUACUACGUCAAACCCCAGACAAUUUCAAGUUCGCUAUCUCCAGACUGCCCGCUCACACCAUCUACACUGAAACUGGUUGAUGACGUCAUUGGUCUCGUGACAGAUACUCCUUUGAAGAAUCGACGUCCUCCAAGAUGACGUCAUCCUUAUGACAUCACGCCACGUUGAGAACCUCGGAAUGGCUUGUUUUCGUCUUCACUACAAUGGAGCGUUCUUGGGAAAUGGGAUAUAAAAAUUUUAAUGAAAUUGAAAAAAAAUAGGCUUAAUUAAUAUUGCUAAUGUUGUAUAUAAGCUUAUGUAUAAUAGACAUUGUAUAUAGUUCAAUAAUUUGUAUAUACUAUUAAGUUUAUACAUAAAUUGUAAAUAAGAAUGUAUAAAAUUCUCUACUAAUAACAUGUUUAUAACGAGGCUGUAUAAAUGUAUUUUUAAAUAAGUUAAGGUUAGGGUUGGGGUUAGGGUUAGGGUUAAGGUUAGUAUUAGGGUUAGGGUUUAGUUUUGUGUUAGGAUGGUUUUUCUACGUUAUAAAAACGGAAACCUUAUUUUGAAGUAUACUAUCUAGCAAUUAUAGCCAAAGUGUCUUUCCAAGAAUAGACCGCGCUUUAUAAAUGCACUGGCAC